UCUUCCUCUUUCCUUCUUCCAUCACGAACGCCUGCCUCCUGCCAUCUCUCUCUGUCUCUCUCUCGUUCGUUCCCUUCCAGUCCAAGAAACCUCCUUCCCCUUCCCGUUUCUCCAGAAUCGAUUAGGGUUCCCAAUCCCUACUCCUCGAUCUGGUCCCCCAUUGCCCCCAAUUCCUCAGAUCUCGAUCCGCAGCGUCUUCCCUCGAAAGUCGGAUCUUCGAGUCCAAAUCAGGCUCCGAGGUCGUACCUCUGUCCGACGCCUUGAUUUCAUCCGAUCUGCUUCCCGGAUCUCGGAUUCGCCUCCUGCGGCCGGCAAGUUGGCGCCCCAACGCAGGGCGCAGCGCCACAUGGGUGGUGGCCAGUUGCAGCAGGGCGCCGCCGGCGGCAGCGCGGCGGCCGCUCUGUAUGACCAUCACCCUGGCACUGCGGCUGGCCCCGGCGGCGAGGAUGCUGUGAUGGCACGGUGGCUCCAAUCCGCUGGGCUUCAGCACCUGGCGUCGCCCAUGGCGUCGUCUGACAAUCGCGCGCUUCCGAAUCUCCUGAUGCAGGGCUAUGGACCGCAGACUAUGGAGGAGAAGCAGAAACUCUAUAAGCUUUUCAGGAAUUUGAAUUUCAAUGGGGAGUCUAUUUCUGAACCCUAUACUCCAACAGCACAAAGUCUGGGCAGCACGAGUGCAGCAGAUGGUUUUUAUUCACCUGAAUUAAGAGGGGAGUUUGGAGCGGGACUUUUGGAUCUUCAUGCAAUGGAUGACACUGAGCUUCUUUCAGAUCAUGUCUUUUCCGAACCAUUUGAGCCAUCCCCGUUCUUUCCCACUAAGGGGCUUGAUGAUGAAUACGAUCCAUCUUCUAAACAAGGACGUGUGGAUGGUAAUAUCAGGCCAUUGGACAAUGAAAAAGAGAUUAACACUAAAGAGAACAAUGUUGCAAAGAUCAAAGUUGUGGUCCGUAAAAGACCUCUAAACAAGAAAGAGAGAUCCCGAAAGGAGGAUGACAUUGUCACUGUAAAUGACAAUGCUUGUUUAACUGUCCAUGAGCCUAAGUUAAAGGUUGAUUUGACUGCAUAUGUGGAAAGACAUGAGUUCUGUUUUGAUGCUGUUUUGGAUGAGCAUGUUACUAAUGAUGAGGUAUAUCGUGCGACAGUUGAGCCAAUUAUACCCAUCAUCUUUGAGCGAACAAAAGCAACCUGCUUUGCUUAUGGCCAAACAGGCAGUGGAAAGACAUAUACCAUGCAACCUUUGCCGCUCCGAGCUGCAGAAGACAUUGUUCGCUUGUUAAAUCAACCCGUUUACCGCAAUCAAAAGUUUAAACUAUGGCUUAGUUACUUUGAGAUAUACGGUGGAAAGCUCUUUGAUCUUCUUUGUGAUCGAAGGAAACUUUGCAUGAGAGAAGAUGGGAAGCAACAAGUUUGCAUUGUUGGACUACAGGAAUUUGAGGUCACAGAUGUUCUGAUGGUUAAGGAAUUUAUUGAGAAAGGAAAUGGUUCAAGAAGCACUGGUUCUACUGGAGCUAAUGAGGAAUCAUCAAGAUCCCAUGCUAUUUUGCAGUUGGCUAUUAAGAAACACAAGGAAGUAGAAGAUAACAGACGACAGAAAGAAAAUAAUGAUUCACGAGGUGUCAAAGUCAUUGGAAAGAUUUCUUUUAUUGAUCUUGCUGGGAGUGAGCGAGGUGCUGAUACAACAGACAAUGAUCGCCAAACAAGAAUUGAGGGAGCAGAAAUAAACAAGAGUCUUUUGGCAUUAAAGGAAUGCAUACGUGCCCUAGACAAUGAUCAACUACAUAUCCCUUUUAGAGGGAGCAAAUUGACUGAGGUGCUUCGUGAUUCUUUUGUUGGCAAUUCAAGAACUGUCAUGAUUUCAUGCAUUUCUCCCAAUGCCGGUUCUUGUGAACAUACUCUGAACACAUUGAGAUAUGCUGACAGGGUUAAAAGUCUGUCCAAGAGUGGAAAUGCUAGAAAAGAUCAGGCACCUGCACCAUUGGUUCCUUCAGGCAAGGAAUCAGCACCAUCAUCUCAAUUUACAGUUGAUGCUGAUGAACAAAAUCAAGGUCCGAAUGCAGUGGAAUUGCCCAAGAGUAAUGCAGAAUUUUUUUUUCAGGCUUCAUCUGAGCUCGAUAGGAAUUCUCUUGGAAUGACAAAUUACUUCCCUAGCGGAAGGGAAGAGAGAAUGCAAGUACCAGGUUCUUUCGAUAGUGAAAGAGCUGAGAUGAAAUUUAAGAAUGCUGGUUAUGGAAAUAAACCAUAUUCUAUUCAGAAUUCACUUGACACCCAAGAUGAAGAUAAAGUAUCAAAGGUUUCCCCACCUCGUAGAAAAUUGCCCAAAGAAGAAAAGAGUGAGAGACAGAACAACUGGUCUAGAAAAGAGAGUGGACCUCAGUUGGUAUCUUCUAGUCAUAAGCAGCAGCAAGUAUUUGAUUCUUCUUCUGAGAUCCCAUCAAAAAAGUAUGAUCAGGAAGUUUCAUGUAAUGAUGAUGAAAUAAAUGCACUACUUGAGGAAGAGGAUGCUCUUAUAGCAGCUCAUAGAAAGGAAAUUGAGAAUACAAUGGAGAUAGUACGUGAAGAAAUGAAUUUGUUGGCUGAAAUUGAUCAACCAGGCAGUUUUAUCGACAACUAUGUAACUCAGCUGAACUUUGUUCUCUCGCGCAAGGCUGCUGGGCUGGUCAGCCUCCAGGCCCGGCUGGCGAGGUUCCAGCAACGCCUAAAAGAACACGAGAUUCUUAGCAGGAAAAAAGGGCCCAAAUAGUUUCCAAUCAGCAUUCAUCAUUUUCAGACUUCCUCUCUUUUGCUAUUCUUCCUGGUAGGUCUGAAGGACCAACCACCCUACGAGAGCCUUUUGCCCUCUUGACCUGGAUGGAUACUUGCAUUGGAUCGGUGGGCUUCUGGCUGGCAUGGAAAGGUGCCUGGAUGGGAGUGUGAGUGGUUCUUCAUGUUCCAUCCGUUUGAAUCCCCGAUCAUGUUGUUUAUGAUAUGUUUGUUUGUUCCGAGCUACUUUUAGCGUGCCUAAAUGGUGAGAUGUGUGCAAAGUGUCUCGCAACGUGAGAUAAUAGUGAUUACAAAGCUUGGCUACGUGACCAGGUUGUUAUUUUAUUGGAUAAUAACAAUUUGAAUGUUGUGGCAGGAUGAUGUGCUCGUUCUACAA